AUGUCAUCGCGGCGCACCGAAGAGGAACCGGCGCUGCAGCGCCGUGAUGAGGACGCCGACAUCGAGGGCGAGGAUGAUGACGGCAGCGGCUACUACUCGGACAAUGACGCCGGCGAAGACACGCCUAUGCUGGGCCCGGCCGACGUCGAGGCCGCCGAUGCUCCGCUCUCCCGGCCCUCGUCUGCGCCCGUGCCCGCGCCGCCCGUCAAGGCGGCCAAGCCCGAGCCCGUGUCCUGGCGCGACCUGCCCAAGAAGCAGCAGUUACUGGUCAUCACCCUCACGAGGUUGAGCGAGCCACUCGUCCAGACGUCUCUGCAGUCCUACAUGUUUUACCAGCUCAAGUGGUUCGAUCCGACCCUCCCGGACUCGGUCAUUGCGAGCCAGGCCGGCGUACUGCACGCCUCCUUCACCGCAGCGCAGUUCAUCACCGCUAUGGUCUGGGGCCGCCUCGCCGACUCGAGGCGCUUCGGCCGCAAGACGGUCCUCAUGAUCGGCCUGCUGGGCACCUGCUUCUCGUGUGUCGGCUUCGGCUUCUCACGCUCAUUCGUGCAGGCCCUCGUGUUCCGCUGCAUCGGCGGCGCGACGAACGGCAACGUCGGCGUUUUGAGGACCAUGAUCAGCGAGAUCGUCCGCGAGAAAAAGUUCCAGGCCCGCGCCUUCAUCCUCCUGCCCAUGACCUUCAACAUCGGCGUCAUUGUCGGCCCUAUCCUCGGCGGUAUCCUCUCUGACCCGGCCGGCAGCUAUCCAGCCCUCUUCGGCGACGUCGCCUUCCUCAAGAAGUAUCCCUACGCCGCGCCCAACCUCCUUAGCGCCGUCUUCCUCGCCUGCGCCGCGUUGUCCGUCUGGUUGUGCCUCGACGAGACCCACGACGCGCUCCGCGAGGAGGGCCCGGACCUGGGCUCCCGCUUCGGAGCCGCUAUAGCGGCCCUCAUCCGGCGCCUCUUGGCGCGCGCCCGUCGCCGAAGGGCUGGCGGCGGCGACGCAGCUUACACGCCUCUGAACUCUGGCUCAGCGAGCGCCACCGACGUUGACGUUGAAAUGUCCCCCGAGUCCGCCGCUCCCAGACUGAAACGCCGCCCCCGUCCGCGGUACCGCCAUCGCCUGCCGUUCCGCCGCAUCUUCACCCGCAACGUCCUCAUGACCUUCGCCGCGCACUUCCUGCUGGCUUUCCACGUCGGCACCUUCAACUCGCUCUGGUUCGUCUUCCUCUCGACCCCGACCUCGGCCACGCCACCCUCCCUGCCUUUCCGCUUCUCCGGCGGCCUCGGCAUGCCCCCGCAGUCCGUCGGCAUGGCCAUGGCGAUCCUCGGCGUCAUCGGCAUAACCCUGCAGCUCUUCGUCUACCCGCGCCUGUCGGCGCGCCUCGGUACCGUAAAAGCGUGGCGGCUGUUCCUCUACUUCUUCCCGGUAACAUACUUCCUCGUCCCCUACCUCGCCGUCGUGCCAACCACGGACGCCGCGCCGCCGCCCGGGCCGAAGGGCGGGCCCGCGAUCUGGUUCGCCAUCGUCGGGGUCCUGCUGUUCCAGGUGCUCGGCCGGACGUUCGCGCUGCCGGGGCAGACGAUCCUCAUCAACAACUGCACGCCGCACCCGAGCGUGCUCGGCACAAUCCAUGGGCUGGGCCAGAGCGUGAGCAGCGCCGCGCGGACGGUAGGGCCGGUGUUGUGCGGGUACCUGUACGGUCGCGGGCUGGAGGGCGGCGUCGUCGGCGCCGUGUGGUGGGGCCUGGCGGCCGUCGCCAUGCUGGGGGUCCUUGCAAGCUGGGCCGUGUGGGAAGGGGACGGACAUGAGAUCUGGAUGGAUGGGGACGAGGUCGUUGCUGAGGGUGAAGAGGAGGAAGAAAGGCGGUGA